AUGGCGCCCGCUCCCACCACGUCGUCGGCGGCUGACGCAGAGGCACAGCUCGCCUCGCAGCUCGCCGCCGAUGUCGCCACCGCAGAAUCCGCCGUCGCCUCUUCGUCAUCGACCUCGAAGCCCGCAGCUGUUCGUCAGCCGUUUUCCUCGAUCGACCUCAGCGAGCCUACGCGCCGCGCGCUCCAGGAGAUGAAGUUUGAGACCAUGACCGAGGUCCAGGCGCGCUGCAUCCCUCCGCUCAUGGCCGGAAAGGAUGUCCUCGGCGCGGCCCAGACCGGCUCCGGAAAGACGCUCGCCUUCCUCAUCCCCGCCAUCGAGAUGCUCCACCGCCUCAAGUUCAAGCCGCGCAACGGCACGGGCGCCAUCAUCAUCUCGCCCACCCGCGAGCUUGCGCUGCAGAUUUUUGGCGUGGCAAAGGAGCUCAUGCAACACCACAACCAGACCUUUGGCAUCAUCAUGGGCGGCGCCAACCGAAAGGCCGAGGUCGACAAGCUUCAGAAGGGCGUCAACCUGAUUGUCGCCACGCCGGGCCGCCUGCUCGAUCACCUGCAGAACACCAAGGGCUUCGUCUUUUCCAACCUCAAGGCGCUCUGCAUCGACGAGGCCGACCGCAUCCUCGAGAUCGGCUUCGAGGACGAGAUGCGCCAGAUUGUCAAGAUCCUCCCCAACGACAACCGCCAGUCGAUGCUCUUCUCGGCCACCCAGACGACAAAGGUGCAGGACCUCGCCCGCGUCUCGCUCCGCCCGGGCCCGCUGUACAUCAACGUCCACGCCGACCUGGCCGCCUCGACCGUCUCGCGCCUCGAGCAGGGCUACGUCGUGUGCGACUCGGACCGCCGCUUCCUCCUCCUCUUCACCUUCCUCAAGAAAAACGCCGGCAAGAAGAUCAUCGUCUUUAUGUCGUCGUGCAACUCGGUCAAGUACCACGGCGAGCUGCUCAACUUUAUCGACGUCCCCGUCCUCGACCUGCACGGCAAGCAGAAGCAGCAGAAGCGCACAAACACGUUUUUCGAGUUCUGCAACGCCCCCAGCGGCACGCUGCUCUGCACCGACGUGGCCGCGCGCGGCCUCGACAUCCCCAAGGUCGACUGGAUCAUCCAGUUUGACCCGCCGGACGACCCGCGCGACUACAUCCACCGCGUCGGCCGGACGGCGCGCGCCGGCAACGCGGGCAAGUCGCUCCUCUUCCUGCUGCCGUCGGAGCUCGGCUUCCUCCGCUUCCUCAAGGUGGCCAAGGUGCCCCUCAACGAGUAUACGUUCCCCUCGGACAAGAUUGCAAACGUCCAGGGCCAGCUCGAGAAGCUCAUCUCGAAAAACUACUACCUCCACCAGUCGGCGCGCGACGGCUACCGCUCCUACCUCCAGGCAUACGGCAGCUACUCGCUCAAAAAGAUCUUCGACAUCCACCGCCUCGACCUGGCCAAGGUCGGCAAGGCCUUCGGCUUCGCCGUCCCGCCAAAGGUCAACAUCUCGAUUGGCACCGGCCUCAAGAACACGGCGCCCACCAACGGCAAGCGGAAAGAGGUCGACGCCGACGGCGAUGACGACGAGGCCGAGGCCGGUGCGCCGGCCGACGACGAGUACAACGACAAGAGGCAAAAGGUGGACCGGCGAUCGUACAAGGGCAAGGACGGGCAGCGCGGCAAGGGCGGCAAGCCGUCGGCCAACGCCUUUAGGAAAAAGGCACGGGACGGCAAGCAGUGGAGCCGUUGA